AUGAUAACGCGCUCUUCACCCACCAGAGGUCGUAUAGCCGCACCAAAGUCCCGAUCAGGCUGUAAAACCUGCAAAGUCAAAUGCGGCGAAGAAAAGCCCAAGUGCCUACGCUGCACAAGUACUGGGCGAAAAUGUGAUUUCGAGACAGAUGUCCCUUCCGCAAGUCCGUUGAAAUCAGCCUCUCUGGCCCCAACCUACGCUAUUUCAUCAUCCCCCGGUUCCGGACACCGAGAGCGCCGUGCAUUCGAGUACUACUUUCAACAUGCUGCUCAAUAUCUCUCUGGUGGGAUGAACAUUAAUUUCUGGACUGGUAUUGUGCCGCAAAUAUGUCGCACUGAGCCCGCUAUCUGGGAUGCCAUCAUCGCCAUCAGCAGUCUGUUUGAGUAUCCCGUACAAACAUCUCAUUUCACUUUUUUGGGACCUCAGAAUCAAGAUCCCGCACUUCAUCAAGCCCAAAAAGAGGCUCUGACCUGGUAUUCUCGGUCGAUAUCUGGUAUUCAUGCCCAGAUUGAUCGUGGAACCGCAGAUCCUUACGUCUCCCUUGUCACCUGUGUUUUAUUCAUCUGCGUGGAGACCAUUCAAGGACGCAUGGAAGAAGCUCUCAAGCUUCUUCAGCAAGGUUUUAGUUUGAUACAUGACCUUCGUUCGAAAGCUUUCCACACAUUCGUCUCAUACACCAAAGUUGCUCUGUUGGAGGAUACAAUCAUCCCUCUAUUUCUGAGGCUGAAUACUGUUGCCCUCAACAUGUCUGGCACACACGCGAGUCCACUAUUCGUUUUUGAAAAGUCUACAGAGUAUGAGCUCUCAUGUCUUGACUCUGCUAGGAACAAAAUUACUACUUUGGCUGCCGAAUGUAUGCUCUUCCAACGCGAGGCGGAGAUGCAUCUCCGAGAGGUCGUCGACCAAGCAAGCGUGGAUUCACGGUUUUACGCCACCCAAAACAACCUUAAAGCUCGACUUGAUCAUUGGCUAUUUGCAUUCACGAAAUUUUGCCAGGUGCCCGAACACGAGCUUUCCAGCGCUCUUGGGAAGCCUGCUGUCUGCGAGCCAAUACUUCUCAUUUACCACGCCGCUGCAUAUAUCUUAGUUGCUACAUGUCUGACACGACACCAAUCCGUGUAUGAUGAUUACCUGGAUCGUUUCCAGACGAUAGUGCAUUAUUCAAGUAUGGCCCUGGACACGCUAGCCAAACCAAAUGGUGCUCCUCCGCCAUUCACUUUUGAAAUGGGAGUCGGACUCCCAUUAUAUCUGACUGCGUUGAAAUGCCGUCAUCCAAGUCUAAGACGGAAGGCUCUACAACUAUCAAAACAGGGGCCCCUGGUACAAGGGUUUUAUAAAUGCCUACCUGGCAUCGCUUUGGUUGAACACCUUAUGGCCCUCGAGGAAAGCUACAGUGCGCAAUCAGCUCAGGUUAUGGAUCAGAGCGACUUGCGAGCCUCUAAUAGCAUCGUUUCCACCGAUGAUACUGAUAGUCCCCUGGAUCUUGCAGCUCUCGUUCCAGAAGAAGACCGCAUCUGUGAUGCUGGAGUCUUUCGACCGCAAAAUGGUAUUCCGUAUGAUGUAUCGGAGGCGGAUGUUACGAAGUGGAAUUGUCGGCCUGAGCAAAUCUUUAUAUCUUUUCGACGACUUCGAUAUCAGAAUGAUUCUGGUACAUGGGUGAUAGUGCAUGACUGUAUUCCGAUGAAUUUUUGA